CGGCGCGGUGGGAUCGACAUGGCGACCGAGGGAGAUGUGGAGCUGGAGUUGGAGACCGAGACCAGCGGUCCGGAGCGGCCUCCAGAGAAGCCGCGAAAACAUGACAGUGGUGCGGCGGACCUGGAGAGAGUCACCGACUACGCGGAGGAGAAGGAGAUCCAAAGUUCUAAUCUGGAGACGGCCAUGUCCGUGAUUGGAGACAGACGUUCCCGGGAGCAGAAAGCCAAACAAGAGCGGGAGAAGGAACUGGCAAAAGUCACCAUCAAGAAAGAAGAUCUGGAGCUGAUAAUGACAGAGAUGGAGAUCUCAAGAGCAGCAGCAGAGCGGAGCUUGAGGGAACACAUGGGGAAUGUGGUAGAGGCUCUUAUUGCCCUAACAAACUGAUUUGUGCUUUUUCAGACCUACCCACUGUAUUAACUUAUUGCAAUAAAGAUUUUUUUUUUUUUUU